AAAUUUCUACCAUUUCUCACUCUCUCCAAUCUCCAUCUAACUCUGUCUCUCAAAAAGUGAAAAAUGGGUAUGAGCAACAACAUCACCGCGUUGCUGAAUUUCAUCGCCCUGAUGUGCUCCAUCCCCAUCAUCGCCGCGGGCAUCUGGCUGGCCUCGAAGCCCGACAACGAGUGCAUCAGGUGGCUCCGCUGGCCUCUCGUCUUCAUCGGAAUAGCAUUCCUCCUCGUCGCCCUCACUGGCUUCGUCGGCGCCUAUUGGAAGAAGGAAGGCCUCCUCGGCCUCUACCUCGUCUGUAUGUUCAUCCUCAUCCUCCUCCUCCUCGUCCUCCUCGUCCUCGCCUUUGUAGUCACUCGCCCGGGCGGGGCCUACUCCGUCCCGGGCGUGGCCUUCCGCGAGUACCGCCUUGGAGGCUUCUCGGCCUGGCUCCGCGACCACGUCACCAGCGAUGAUAAUUGGCCCAAGAUUAGGGCCUGUUUGGCUGACUCGCAAAUCUGCUCCCAAAAUUACAUCUCCGCCGCUGAUUUCUUCGCUGCUCAUCUCUCUCCUAUUCAGGCCGGAUGCUGCAAGCCGCCGAUGAUAUGCGGGUUUGAGUACGGAGGAGCUACGACGUGGAAUGGGGCAGGCAACGUGGCAGCAGAUGCGGACUGUGGUAAGUGGAGCAACGACCCAAGCCAGUUGUGCUAUAACUGCGAUUCGUGCAAGGCCGGGCUGCUGGGGAACCUAAGGCACGAGUGGAGGAAGGUGAACGUCAUACUCAUUGUCACGGUGGUGGUUCUGAUCUGGGUGUAUCUCAUCGCUUGCAGCGCUUACAAGAACGCUCAAACGGAAGAACUCUUCGCCAGAUACAAGCAGGGAUGGGCUUGAUUUCUUUUAUUAUGUUUUUAAUUAUCAAUUUACUGGUAUAUAUUCUUUUCUUUCAUUCUAGGUUAUCUUUGGAGUUGAAUUUGAAUUUGAAUUUUGAUGGGCGCAACUUGGUGUUUUGAAUUCUAUUCCUACUAACUUGGUCA